GCAACCUCACUUACAGAGAGCGAGUGGAAGAAAGAGGAGGACGACGAGGGAGAUGAACUGAGGAAAAAACGACAGAAGAAGGAGAUGAAAGAAACACAGAGAGUUGAAAACAACAUGGACAAGGGCAGCAACAGAAAGAUCUAAACAAAAGAGUGCAAGCCAGCAAAGAUUUUCCACCUGAAGAGGCACUUUUUAGGAUUUAUAGGAAGGUGAACUGAAGGUUUGCAGGGAUUUAUCAACAAAAAGCACCUUCAGAUUUGGGAACAAGGUUGGACCACUGCUUUUCAGAGUUUAAAAGAAAGGUUAGGAAAAGCCUGCAUCUCUGCAUUUUCCCAUGAUUCCUUUCAGUUCUCUGAGCAUGCUUCCUCUGCUGUCACUGUAUGUGGGAGCGCUGCUGUCCUCAGAUGCAUCUCCAGCCUGCGUCCAUCCUCCCUGCAGGGACACUCUGGUGGCUGCACCCAUCCCACCAGGGACCGGAGCAGGAGUGGGUAGCGGGGCCUGCGAGGGUCAAACUGGGACAAGGUUCUGCAGGAUGGGAGUUUCACUUCCAGCCAUUUCAGAUGCACCUCGGAGGGUGGAGCACAGGCAAGAUUUUCCCCAGGUUCAGUAUAAGGCUGGAGGUGUCAAAGAGCGUCUGGUUCAGCUGCAGCGCUGCAUGCGCUCUCUCCAGGAAACAGGGGGGCCCUGGAGUCACGGGGGCCAGGAGAGCAACUCUCUCGGGGCCAUCCUGGCUUUAAUGGCAGCUGUGCUGACAGAGUGUGACCUCCACUGUCACAGCCAGGCCCUUGGGGCGAUGGCCAAACGACUGGAGAGCGCAGCAGUGGGAAGAGAGGGGGAGAAGGACCUGCUGCUGUUCCUGAAGAGCAUCACACAGCAUCCACCCACAGUUGCCCCCGUGGAGAGGUUACAUCCUCAGGACUGUGCAGAGAUAUACAGACUCGGCAUCAAAGAGAAUGGAAUCUACACCAUCCAGCCUGACCUGCACGGGCCGGCGCUGGAGGCUAAAUGUGACAUGGAGUCGGCGGGUGGUGGGUGGACAGUGAUCCAGAAUCGGCAGGACGGCUCUGUGGACUUCAACAGAACAUGGCAAGAGUACCGGGAGGGUUUCGGCAGUCUGCAAGGAGAACACUGGCUGGGCAAUGCAGCGCUGCACGCCCUCACCUCCACCGGCCAGCACCAGCUCCGCAUCGAGCUGGAGGACUGGCAUCAACAGAAGCGCCAGGCCACCUACAGCAACUUUAAAGUGGCCUCAGAGGCACAGAGGUAUCGUCUGACAGCCAGGGAGUACUCUGGUGAUGCAGGCAACGCUCUGAGCUACAGUAAGCGUUACAACCACGACGGCAGAUCUUUCAGCACCGCUGACAGAGACCACGACCGUUACACAUCUGGAAACUGUGGUCAGUACUAUGGUGCAGGCUGGUGGUUUGAUGCCUGCCUGGCUGCUAACCUGAAUGGACGGUAUUACCGAGGGCGCUACAGUGGGGUGACCAACGGCAUCUACUGGGGGACGUGGUACAUCCUGACAGACGGACGAACUGGAGAAAGAUACUCCUUCAAGAGGGUGGAGGUGAAGACGAGACCCAAGAACUUUGUGGGAGCACACUAAAGACUCACAGCUCAUAGUGGGAGAUUUUCUGCACAGUAGACUACAGUAAUAAUCACACCAGACACUGAUGAAAAACCUGUUUUGCAUAGUUUUGAUUUAAUAGAUGUCUUAGACACUGUCUGUGCAUCACUGUUGUUAGAGCAGCUUUUGUGCCACUUAUCACCUACAUGCAAAUGGCAGCUAAUACUGUUUGAAGACUGUUUGAAGCUACACUUUUGUUCUCGAUGGGGUUUCUCAUUGUGAUGCUUCAUAAGAGUGAAACAAAGAAAUGCAUAUUUGAAAACA